CAGCCAGUUGUUAAGUGUCUGACUGACAUGUGCCUCUGCUGAGGAUGGCUUCAUCUCCAAAGCCUCCCUCCCUCAGUGCAUUCCCGAGCUCUGUGCUAUCUAUAAACCCGAGAGGAAUGUGGAGAGCGGGGACAGCCGGGGGCCAGCCAUCAAUCCUAACACACACAGACAGACACAGAGAGAGAAAGACAGAGCCAUGGCGAUCCCCAUCGACCCGGCAGAGGAGCCUCGCAUUUACCAGCAGACUCUGCUGCAGGAGGGGCUGAGGGACCUGCUGGAGAGCGGUAAGCUGGUGGACUGUGUGCUCAAGGUGAAGGGCCGGGAGCUGCCGUGUCACAGCCUGGUGCUGGCGGCCUGCAGCCCGUACUUCCGAGCGAGGCUGCUGGCGGAGGCGGGCCCGGGAGCAGGCCCAGGCCCCGGACAAGGCCCGGGAGCAGGCCCAGGCCCCGGCCCCGGACAAGGCCCGAGGAGGGAGCUGGUGCUGGACGAUGAGGAGCUGGAGCCUGAUCUGGUUGAGGCCUUGCUGCGUUACCUGUACAGCUCCGAGCUGUCGCUCAGCGACGCCAACGUGAAGGAGGUGCUGGCGGCCGCCAGCCUGCUGCAGAUCCCGUCCGUCUUCACCGUCUGCGUGUCGUUCCUGCACCAGCGGCUGGGCCUCAGUAACUGCCUGGCCGUCUUCAGGCUCGGCCUGAUGCUCGACUGCCCGCGCCUGGCCGUCGCCGCCCGGGACCUGGCGUGCGAGCACUUCCCGCUGGUGAGCAAGGACCCCGACUUCCUGGGCCUCAGCGCCGCCGAGCUGACCGCCAUCAUCUCCAGCGACUCCCUCAACGUCGAGCGGGAGGAGCUGGUCUUCGAGGCGGUGAUGGCCUGGGCCUCCAGCCAGGCCGCUCCCCUCAAGGCCCUGCCCCAGCUCCUGGACUGUGUCCGCUUCCUCCUCAUGCCCCGCCGCUACCUGGAGCAGCAAGUCCAGGCCUACCCCCUGCUCAGCUCCAGCCCUGAGCUCCUCCAGAAGAUCCAGCAGGUCAGAGAUGCCCACAGGAGGGAGGAGGAAGGGGUGGAGGAGGAGGAGGAGGAGGAGGAGGAAGAGGCCAAGAAGACUCCCAACAAGAAGGACCAGGCCCCCUCCCCUGGCAACCAAGAGGCCAAAGAGGAGCAGCCCCCCAGCAUCUUGAAUAAAACCCCCAGGUUCGGCAUGUUCGUCAAGGACCUCAUCUUCAUGAUCAACGACGAGGCCACGGUGGCCUACGACCCCACCACCAACGAGUGCUACUUUGCCUCGGUCUCCUCGAAGAUCCCCAAGAACCACUCCAGCGUGGUGACCAAGCAGAACCAGGUCUUUGUAGCAGGAGGUCUCUACUACGACGACGGUAGUAAGGAGAACCCAUUGCACUCCUACUUCCUGCAGUUUGAUCCCCUGGACUCUGACUGGCUAGGAAUGCCAGCCGUACCAUCUCCACGCUGCCUCUUUGGUCUGGGUGAAGCUGAUAAUGCCAUCUAUGUCAUUGGUGGGAAGGAAGUGAAUGAAGAGGAGAAGACGCUGGACACUGUGAUGUGCUAUGAUCGACACACAUUUAAAUGGGGAGAAUCAGAUCCACUUCCAUACGAAGUAUACGGCCAUUCUGUGGUGUCUCACAACGAACGGGUGUACGUAAUAGGAGGCAAAGGAAAAGAUAAGAAGUGCUUGAACAAAGUGUCGGUGUAUAACCCCCAGAGGUUCGAAUGGAAGGAGUUGGCUCCCAUGAAGAUUGCCCGCUCUUUGUUUGGAGCAGCGGUCUAUCGAGAUAAAAUCUGGGUAGCCACAGGAGUCACGGACAGCGGACUGACUGGAAGCAUCGAGGUGUAUGACAUAGCUGCAAACAAGUGGGAAGAGAUGGCAGAGUUCCCUCAGGAACGUAGCUCUCUGAGCCUCGUCACCUUGUCUAAUUGUCUGUACGCCAUUGGUGGAUUUACUAUGGUACAAACUGAAUCUGGAGAUUUUGUCCCAACUGAAAUCAAUGACAUUUGGAAGUACGAUGACGACAAGAAGGAAUGGUUUGGUAUUCUCAGAGAGAUCCCAUAUGCUUCAACAGCAACCUUCCUCCCAGUCAGACUAAAUAUUUUACGAAUGAGCAAGUUAUAAGGCCAAUACUACUGUAAUAGGAAUAAUAGUGAUUGGGUUGAAACGGAAAGGGCUCAAGGUAUUUUGAAACAGGUUAUUUGUAUCUGAAUAAUGGAUAAUUGGAAUAAUGUAUUUUUUCUAAAAAAAUUAGUUAAGACAUUUUAGAAAUGAUUGCUUAUCUAAAAACAAAGGUAAAAAUGUUCCACUAUUGAAUAAACUACUCUCUAAAACCACUUAAUCCUAUUUAUUAAAUGAUAUGUAUAAUAGAAGUUUCACAGUGAUGAAGAAUAUAAUUAUUUUGCAAACCUUUCAGAUCAGUAGCAGUUUAAAAUAUAUUUGUGAUACAGAAUGUAUAUAAUUCAGCUACUUUUAUUAAUUUUCUUUUCACCACUGGCAUCCAAUCCCUCAAAAUAUUUCUCUCCCCACCGAAUAGCCCAAGGACUCACCACAACCUUCCUGGAGGACCAGGCAAGUGCAGGACAAGUUACACUUACACUGCCACCUCCUCCAUUCCCACUAAUAAUCAGAAUGUCCCUUGAUUUCAGCACGAUGACGACUCAGGGGUCGUGGGUUUCUGCCAGGGUCUUCAUGUGACUCAAGCCUUGAUUGGUAGAUCUUUGGGGCCACACAGGCAGGAUGACUUGAUGUAAUGGGAUCCUGAGGGUAUGAUUUGCUUUACUUUCCCUCUAUGCUGCUGCUCGGUCUCAUUGUUAAGACGUUUGGCUUCAAAGCUUUGUUGAGGCUUGACAGACAUGUUGUUGCUGUUUUGCACGAUUGGUAGUGGGCUGCACCCAGUCAUUAGCAUCAAUGCUACCAAACUUCAAGGAGAACCUCGGUGUCUUUGAAGCUUUUUAUUUUGUUCUCAUCCAGUACGUUGGCUCUUUGACAGUUGAGAGGAGACCUGGCAGCAGCUAUAGCUUUUGGCCAUCCAGACACAAUCCAUUGAAGUUCAUUUUGCAGAUUUGACCGAAUUCUUGUACAGCUAGGCAUCAAGACAGAUAUUUGCAUUUAUUUGCCAGUCCUCCGACUGAAUCUGGGGAAGGCAGCAGAGGCAUUUUUGGUGGAAUUAUUCUCGCACACAAAUCACAGAUUGCAGUAUAGGAGUGUGGCAAUGACAACUGCUGUGUCCUCGAGGACUCAUUUCUAAACGUGAAUAUAUUCGUUAUCAAGCAUUCACUGCUAGAGAGAGGCAGCGAAAUUCAAGGAUAGAAAAAUCUUGAUGAGAAAUAUCGACAAAAUCGGAAAAAAACUUUCAAAUCUCGUGGCAACAUUACAGCCUGCAAUGAAGAUAGUCAGGGCUAAACAACGACUCAUUGGUACUGUGUUUGCGGCUCAAAAUUCCUCUAGUCGGGGGAGACCAGAAGUAGAUUAAGUGAAUUGUUAAACAACUCUAUUAUUUCAGUCAUAACCCUUAGGUUCUUAGUAAAGAUGUUUGUCAUUUUAAUUUUUAAUUCCACUCCUACUUAAUGGCUUCACCAAGCUAGUCCAAAUAAAAGAAUCCUAAAAUAUGGCACU